AUGCAUCCGAAACAAGGAACGCAACCAUUGGCAUGGGAGGUUUUCAAUAGAAAUUGCCUUCAGUCGCUUUAUGGGGAUGCCUUUCCUCCUUCACCUACAAAGGGCCGGUCUCCUGUUAAUCGAGAUCGCAAGCUUAGGGAUCUCCGAAGUCCUUUGGGGCCACAUGGGGAGCCUCAAAGUAUGGUUAGACCUCCAGUUGAAGUUGCUUCUGUCGAAGAAGAGGAGGUUGACCGACAGCGGGUAGCCCAGGUGUUCAAAUUAGAAGCCCAGUUAUUGCCCUGGCGUUUCCAUGAAUAUCGGGGGAGCUCGCAUAUCUCUUUUAAAUGUUUCUCUAUGAACAAUGGUGUGCUGCCCGAUACUAGAUCAUUAAGAAACCGUUUGGUGCAGAAGUUGGAUAUGGUGGGUCUUAGUAUGUCUGUAGAUUGUCUUGACUUAUUAAAUAAUGCCAUGGACAUUUAUUUGAAGAGGUCGAAUGAGCUGCGUAUAGCCUUAGCUAGCUCAAAAUGUGUACAUAAUCAUUUAAGAAAUACCAAGUCAGUUUGCUUCUGCUGGCCUUAG